AUGCUCAGAUCCUCGCUCGUUAGACGGACGCUUGCGACCCAUGCCUCAGAGGUGGCCCCUCCACCAGCUGUGCGCCACAAUUGGGCGAGAGAUGAGGUCCAGAAGGUCUACGAGACUCCUCUGCUUGAUCUCGUCUUCCGGGCUGCUGCUGUACACAGAGAACACUUUGAUCCAACGAAGAUCCAACUGUGUACCCUGAUGAAUAUUAAAACCGGUGGAUGCACAGAGGACUGCUCGUACUGCUCUCAGUCGUCUAAAUACUCGACCGCUACCAAGGCGUCCAAGCUCGUUGACAUCGAACCCGUCCUCGAGGCUGCACGGAAAGCCAAGGCGAACGGAAGCACUCGUUUCUGUAUGGGCGCUGCAUGGCGAGAUCUCGCAGGCCGGAAGAGUGGCUUCAAACGCAUUCUGGAGAUGGUCACGGAAGUGCGUAAGAUGGACAUGGAGGUCUGCACGACGUUAGGAAUGUUGUCCCCCGCCCAGGCUCAACAACUUAAGGAGGCUGGGCUCACGGCCUAUAACCACAAUCUCGACACUUCGCGAGAGUUCUACCCAAAGGUCAUCACCACCAGAAGCUACGAUGAACGGCUCGAUACCAUCUCUGCCGUUCGUGAUGCAGGUAUCAGUGUAUGCUCUGGAGGUAUCCUUGGGCUUGGCGAGUCUGCGGAGGACCGCGUCGGUUUGAUCUGGGAAGUUUCAAACAUGCCAGAACAUCCAGAGUCGUUCCCUGUGAAUGCGUUGGUCGCAAUACCCGGUACACCUCUCGAAGGAAAUGACCCCGUCCCGCACCAGACCAUCCUACGGACCAUUGCUACAGCCCGUAUAGUGCUCCCAAAGACCAUCAUUCGACUGGCGGCCGGCCGACAGACGUUCAAUGAGAGCGAGCAGGCGAUGUGCUUCAUGGCAGGUGCCAAUGCGGUGUUUACAGGCGAACAGAUGCUUACCACUCCGUGCUCUCCGUGGGACGAAGACAAGGCAAUGAUGUCUCGCUGGGGUCUCGAGGGCAUGAAGAGUUUCUCCCAGGUUGACGUUGCUCGGAAGGAAGGAGCCAGACUGACGUCGUCGCCUGUCUCUACGCUUGAGCAAAUCACGGCCGCGGACUCGAAGGAAACGUCGUCAAGCUCGCUGUGA